UGGAUUCUGACCUUUAUCCAGAUCCACUCUGGUUUCUAAUCUGCACCUAGAUCCACUCCAAUUUCUGACUGAGAUGCACACUGUUUCGGAUCUAGAUCCACUCCGGUUUCUGAUCUAGAUCUGAAUUCACACUAGCAUCUGAUUGGUUUCCACUCCAGUAUCUGAUCGGGAUCUGUUCCUGUGUCUGAUCGGGAUCCACCCCGGUUUCCCUCUGCCCGGCUCCUCCUCACACGGUAUUUGUGGGGGGGUUCCUGAAGCUGUUGUCAGUGUCGGCCCGGCCUCGGGGAACCGGAACCGGCGGUUGAAACAUUCGAGAACGGGGCCUCGGGGGGCGGGGAGUAGAGUGUGGGAUUGGGCCUAGGCCUGAGCCUGAGGCAGCGGCUGCUGACGUGUCCCUGAGAGAGGCAGAGGGAGGCGGAAGCACAGCGCGCGAGAGGCGGCCACACCGGCCUCCGCGACAGCGACAGGCUCCAGCUCGGGCCCAGGCCUCGGCCCCGACUCCCUGCCGGGAUGGAGACGCUCUAUCACCAGACCAACAAGCAGAUUCAUGAGGUGCAAACUCACAUGGGGCAGCUGGAGAAGGCAGACGCACAGUCUGUUCACUUGGUGGAAAAUGAAAUCCAAGCCCGAAUAGAUCAGAUUUUCAGCAAUCUGGAGCGCCUCGAAAUACUGACCAGCAAAGAGCCUCCAAAUAGACGGCAAAAUGCUAAACUCAAAGUGGAUCAACUAAAGUAUGACUGCCAGCACCUGCAGACAGCUCUGAAGAACUUCCAACACCGUCGAUACGCCCGUGAACAACAGGAUCGAGAGAGAGAAGAACUGUUGUCACGCACGUUUACAACCAACGAUGCUGACACCUCAAUAGCAAUAGACGAGUCCUUGCAGUUUAACACUUCUUUACACAAUGCUCACAAAGGAAUGGAUGAUCUCCUGGGGAGCGGGUCCUCUAUUCUGACUGGACUGCGGGAUCAGCGGAUGACUCUCAAGGGAGCACAGAAGAAGAUCUUGGAUGUGGCAAAUAUGUUGGGAAUGUCAAAUACUGUGAUGCGUCUAAUUGAGAAGCGAGCAUUCCAGGACAAAUUCAUUAUGAUUGGUGGAAUGGUGGUCACCUGUAUCAUCAUGGUGUUGGCGGUUAAGUAUUUGACAUGACUCAAUGUUGUCUUACAGACUGUGCUUCAGGGAAAAUAAAGAAUCAGUAUUUCCAUGAAAAGACUGCCCAAGUGAUUGGCUUGUUGCUUUCAGACUCCACACCCUCUUUCCCCCUCAUCUUCCCAUUGCCCUGAAACUGUUUCAGGUAAAUGACUACCAGUCUGGACGAAAAGCCCUUUCGUAUUUUAUAACCAUGCUGCCAAUUCUUUUGGCCAGCACUAUUGAUCAGAGAUUUGGAAAAAGCCCAAUAAUUCCAAUUCUAAUAGGUAAAAGUGCUGGAUUAUAAUCAUUUUAAUUUUGUGGUACCUGGAGGAGGAAAAAUAAACCAUUGUUUAAUAAAAAGAAACCUGUGAUAAAGCUGAAUUUGAUGACAUUGCCAGGAAGCCUCUCUGUACUAAUUGCUCCUAUCCUCCCUCCAGGCGUUUUCCUGCAGAAUAAACACAAUUAAUUUCAGGUGGGUGAGCUGACCUUUUCAGAAAUGGCAUUUUUUAACAAAACGCCUUCUCUUGAUGCAUUCAAAUGAGGCAUUCCAUAUUUCCCCUGACAAAUAUUGCAACCUGGUGCUUCAGCUAAUGGCCAGAUGCACUGUCCUCAUCUGCCACCUGCUGAGCUCUCAAUCCCUGAGAGAGCAAGUUCCUGAUCUCAAAGCUUCAGAGGCAGCUGUUGACUUGAAGGUGUGAUUGCUGCAUAGUUAAUGAGAAACUCUUGUAGACAAACAAACUCAGGCCAUCUGCAUGGAUCAUCUAGUGGUGGGCUCCAAAAAGAAUCAUGGAGACAUUGUGCAAGAUGUCCUACUCCUGCCCUGAAAUUCAUCCACUGGUAGGUUUUUAAAAAGAAGUCACAUACGGGAGAGAAACUGGAGUUGAACUUAAAAGAAAAUGUACUGCUAUGAUAAUUGAAGGAUUUUUCUGUUGCUGUUGGAGGCUGUAUUUAUUAUAAAGCAGCGAACUACUUUUUACUUAUUCAGUCAAGAUGGUGCCCGGGUGUCAACGCUAUUCACUGUGAUGCUGAGAAAUGGUACCCUUAGUGUCUUUGCACUAGUGAGAAAUGGAUGCCGUGUGAAUUGUUCUUCAUUGAAUUAACCUGUCUGCCUAUUGUGCAUCAAAUUAUCUGGUAAUUGUUCCACAAUAUUGACUUUCAGCCUGCAGGAUGCUUUGGAAUAGUUGAAAGGUAGCUGUUGUACUCAAUAAAAAAAAAAUGCAUUGCUUCA